GAAGUAGCAGGUCCACCAGGAAACCAAAUAAUAACUCACACUGUUGGUGACACCAAAAAACCAUUGUGUACUGAUAUUCUAAAUUUGGUGGCUAUUUUAAGAAAUCACCUUAAUAUUGAUGUGAAAUAUAGCAAAAACAGAUUAAGAUUUUCAGCACACAGCAUCUUGGAAGAUGGUAGGUUUCUGUCUUAUAAGCUGGCAUCUGCAGAUUUGCCAUUUGAUUUCAAUUCACGUUCAAAGUACAAGGGAAUAUUAUGGAUGAUGGCCAAGUUUCAUGAUGAAAUGAUUCAACAAAUGGCUAUUUUAGACAAAAUUGAUCAUUUACUUAUUACAUGUAAAGGCAAAACAGUACAUGAUAUUUUGAGAGU